AUGGCGAAAAUUGACGAAGACAUGAUGACCGAAAUGAAAGAUGCCUACACCCUGUUUGAUCGUGUGGGAGAUGGCAAAAUCGACGGGGACCAGAUUCCAGAUUUACUUCGUUCUAUGGGGUUGAACCCAGUGGGCGCUGAUCUGAAACCCGUGACAGACGAGCAUCAAGGCAAAAGAGUCGAGUUCGAACAGUUCCUGGGAAUCUACAAUCAGUUCCGCAAUAAGCCAGAACCCGUCAGAGAAGACUUUAUUGAGGGAUUCAAAUGUUACGAUCGGGACGGUUCAGGGUACCAUAGAUGGAGCUUCCCUGAGAGGAAUGCUCUGUUUCCGAGGAGACAGCAAGCUCACUGA